UAGUCAAAGAUUUAAAGCAAUCAGUGAAUUUUUAAACAGCUUUAGUUAGUAUGACAGAUUUUCUAACCUUCGAAAUAAGCAACUUCAACGGUUAAUAACUCAUUUUGCGGUGCAAAACGACUCUUUUCUCUGGCAGAAUCUUUCGUUUCGUAUAAAAGCGCGUCAAUUGAUAUAAUUAAAUCGUAAUUGAUAAGCUAGAGACAUGGAGGAGACGAGUUUGGACGACGGACCUAGCGUUAAUUUCGAAAAAGCUACUUUAGAAAUAGCUAACGUUGACUCUGUAAAACCAACAACUGAUAAUAUAGAUGGCACAUCAAACCAGAAUUCUUCUAUGCAAAAUGUAUGCAGUUUGCCAUUCAGAAAUAUAGAAGUUCACGCAUUUUUCACCGAUAGAAAUGAGAUCGUGGAAAGAGCAAUACACGACUGUACCGAAACCUUGAUACAACAAAACAUUGAAGAACUCGUAGGAAGUUGGCUUCUAACAGAAAUCAGUUUGUGGGACAUAGAAAAAGAAAGACUUGUACUAUUAACAACUCAAGCCCUUUACUCUGUAAAAUAUGAUUUUAUUUCAUUGAAAAUACUUGAUUUUAAUCGUGUGCAUAUAUCACUUCUCGAUACAGUAUUCAAAGGUGAAUUGAUAUAUCCAUCAGCAUCUCUCGCACCAAGAUUAAGCGGAUUGGCAGAAGGUAUGUCAUCUAUAAUUCAGUGCGCAGCACGUCAAGAAUGGUCAUCUAUUGCAGGUUGCUCCAGUAUUGGUCAAUUCGAACCUAGAAAACGAAAUAUGUCAGGUAUAAGACUUAUGUGGAACAGAGGACAACCUUUAUCUAUCGCAAAAAAGUGGAAUCCAUUUGCAAAAGAUAUACCUUGGAUUACAUUUGUUAGUCAUCCAUUGUUUUGGUACAAAGCGGGAACUGAAGUUGUCAAAACAAGAUUCGACAUAGAGGCUUUUCAUACAACGCUUAAAAGUUUGUUACCUAAUAAUUGCAACGUUGUUAACACGCCAAUCAUUAUAGAAAAUUAUUGCAGUCUCGGGGCCUUAGUGCACAAUAGAAACGGCUUGGGUUUCUUUAAAAUACGCGGAAAAGUCAGUUUCUAAUUUCUUCAAUUUUAUUAUAGGAACAUUUUAUAAAUAUUCUACAAUAUUUCUCUUUUUUCUGAAAACUAAAUAAUCU